GGUGUCAAUACAUUCGAUAUUACCUUUGAAACGCAUACAACCUGAAGUUGAGGGACAGGCCUUGACAUCGAACUAUCCAAAAAAAAAACAGCAACAUGGACGUUACUGGGAAUGCAUUCGUCACCGGGGGAGGAAGCGGCAUUGGCAAGGCUGCUUGUUUGGCUUUAGCUAAAGAGGGUGCUAGUGGAAUCCUCGUAGUAGAUAUCAAUGUGAAAGCUGCCGAAGCAACAGCCGCCGAAGCUAUCGCCAUUGCCUCUAAUCCCAGCUUCCGAGCCGAGGCAUUUGGAAUCGAUGUUUCAGUCGAAGAGUCGGUGAAGAAAGCUGUUGCACACAUGGUUCAGUCCUUUGAGCGCAUUGACUACUGUGUACACUGCGCAGGGAUCACUGUACAAAGCGCUACACCCAUGGCUGAGGCUAGCUUCUCUGAGUUCCAGACUCUCGUCACAAACCACGUUCAUGGAACUUUUCUUGUCAACAGUCACAUCUUGGCGGUCAUGAAGACACAAGAGUUAAAGCCAGUAGACACAGCUACCCCAUAUCUUGGAGGUACCCGUGGAUCAGUUGUCAAUUUGGGUUCCGUACUCGCUACUUGGGCGGCACCCGGUUUCGUUCCAUACAUUGCGUCGAAACAUGCCGUCUUGGGAAUUUCUAGGACUGCAGCUAUCGACCACGCAGGAUCGGGAAUUCGAGUAAAUUGCGUAUGCCCAACCUGGGUAGACACGCCAUUGUUUGACAGGUCUGUCAAGGUGAUUCCCGGGCUCGACAGAGAGACAGCCUUGAGCGGCAUCCCGAUGAAUCGGUUAUGCACGGCAAAGGAGGUAUCCGACGCAAUCCUCUUUCUGUGUGGUACAAGAUCGAGUUUCAUCACAGGAAUUGCCUUGCCUGUAGACGGCGGUCAUGAUAUAUGUCGCGUAUAGGGUUCGAUGAAUAGAAUACACGUCACUCAGUAAUACUAUCGCGGAUACUAGGUACCUAGUAUACAAUGAAGUGUAUUCAAUAUUAUAGACAAUACAAACCAUGUACCCGAGAGCUACCCAA